GCGAUGCGACGCAGUGCGCGCGCCGGUUGGCAAGCGCUCCGGUCGCAGGUAUUUUCUUAAGGGUAGGUUAAAGGUGCUUUUCUUACUGCUUUUUAUGCCUCUCUCCCUUAGGAUGAGAAAGGCAUAACAAGUGGGGUAAGCGAGCACCAAAAACCUACCUCUAAUUUUCGGCAAAGAGUCAACAACUGUCGAAGUCGAUCCGCGCAUCUUCUAGCGUCGAAGUAGACAAGGCACUCUUACAAUUGCUGGGCGCGUCGGCAGCGAAAACGUCGAACGAUGCAACAGUAGCAACUGUGCGAUCAACACGCGAAAUUGUAGAAGAACAUCUCCUAAAAAGACGUUCAGGAGAAACCGCGGCCUCCUCUUCGUCUGGACAAACAGCAGAACCAGAUCAAGCUAGCAGUAGCAAGUACAAGUUGCAGCCAGAAAAUAAUACGCGAGUACUCAAAGAAGCAGCUUCUACCUCAAAGACAAAAGGUGCUAUUAAAUCCCGUGAAACCUCUCCAACUAGUCCAGAUGCAAGAAAUAUGCUCUACUUGUUCUCGAGGAAGCCGUCGCCGAUGAUCACUGCGAAAGAGCAACAAGUGCGGGACUAUCUGCUCUCAAGACCAAGAGCGCACCAUGGAGUUCACAGUCCCAGGGUCGCCUCUCCCAAUAGUCGCACGCGAGGAGGAGUCACUAUUUCGUCGCCGUCUUCUGGCCAGGGACGUGGAACAACUGUUGCAUCUUCAAAUCCGCUAGGCAGAGCGACAUCCGCAGUGGGUCCUUACGACUCUCCGGGUCAAAGUCUCGUACGUGAGGUCCGUGACGAGUUGUGCGUAUUCCCACACAUCACCA